AUUCAUUCAACUGACGUGGUAGAAGCGGCAGAAAGUUGUCAACGAAUCCGAAAAAAAGCCACCUCAGGAAAAUCACACACAAAAAAAAUAUAUUCCUCGUUUUUUUUGUUUGCUUUUAAAUAAAAAAAAAUCCAAUUAUUAGAAACUGUAGUUUAGGAUAUUGAGCAAAAUAAAAUAAUAUUUCAAAAUGGGUUUACCAGAAUUAUUAAAAUUCGAUGAAAUGAUGAAGGAUUUCAACAGAAUGAACAAACGCCAAAGUCUUUAUCAAAUCCUUAGCUUUGCCAUGAUCGUAUCAUCGGCAUUGAUGAUCUGGAAGGGUUUGAUGGUUGUGACUGGCAGCGAAUCUCCAAUUGUUGUUGUACUUAGUGGCAGUAUGGAACCGGCUUUCCAUCGCGGUGACUUAUUAUUCUUGACAAAUUACAAAGAGGAACCAGUUCGUGUUGGUGAGAUUGUUGUAUUCAAGGUUGAAGGAAGAGAUAUUCCAAUUGUUCAUCGAGUUAUUAAGUUACAUGAAAAGAGCGAUGGAUCAGUUAAAUUCUUAACCAAAGGUGACAAUAAUAACGUCGAUGAUAGAGGACUUUAUGCACCAGGACAGCUUUGGCUUACGAAAAAGGACAUUGUUGGGCGAGCUAGAGGUUUCCUUCCUUACGUUGGCAUCAUUACAAUAUUUAUGAAUGAAUAUCCUAAAGUUAAGUGGGCAAUUCUCUCCAUUCUGGCGAUAUUUGUUCUUCUCCAUCGAGAAUAAAUAAGUCACAACAUUUCCAGCCUUGCUUAACUUUAAGUAAAAGAGAAAACAGAUAAAAACAA